AUGAUUGGCAAGUUCAUCUCCACCUCCGACUCCAAAUUCCAAGCUCUAGACAAAUACAUUUCCGUCUCCGAGGAUCGAUUCCAAAACCUUAAAGCGGGCCAACGGCAUCUUCAAGAUUCGGUGCAUAAUUUGGAAACACAAGUUGGGCAAAUAGCCAAGCUACUUUCUGAGAGAAAUCAAGGCAGCCUGUCGAGCGACAGCGAAGUCAAUCCGAAGCAGAAGCAACAUUUGAAAGCCAUCUCACUCCGGAGCGGCAAAAAGUUACAACCGAGCAACUCCCCUUAA